AUGGGUAAAGUUCACGGAUCUCUUGCCCGUGCUGGCAAAGUCAAGUCUCAAACUCCAAAGGUCGAGAAGCAAGAGAAGAAGAAGACGCCUAAGGGCCGCGCGAAGAAGAGAAUCACAUACACCAGACGGUUCGUCAACGUGACGAUGACGGGUGGCAAGAGAAAGGUAUGGAUGUCAUGGAACACUACAAUGAGGAUUGCGUGCGCGUCAGAUGAUGGAAUGCUGAUGGUUAUUUCUACAGAUGAACCCCAACCCGACAUCAUAAGCACCAAUCUCCUUGCGAUGCGGUGGUAG